AUGACAGCCAAAGAAGAUGGGUACGAGUUGUGUCCAGGCAAGUUCGCCUGGGAAUGUGAAGACACAAAUUGUUGUAACAGCUAUCAUAUUCGCGUUUUAAUGUUGUUCUUCUCACUGGGAGUGCUAUUAAUAGCCUUGGCGGUGUUUGGGGUUUGGAUGGCUUUCGACUUCAGGCCUUCAAGGUUGUAAGUUUUUCAAAAAAUAGCAAAAACUUUCUCUACAAAUCAAAAAAUGGCAAGAACUUUCUUUACAAAACAAAAAAGGGCAAAAACUUUCUUUAAAAAACCAAAAAUGGCAAGACCUUUCUUUACAAUCUAAAAAAUAGCAAGAACUUUCUUUACAAAACAAAAAUAACAAAAACUUUCUUUCCAAACCCAAAACUCAUUAAAAAAUCAUUUUCUAGCCAGCCCAGAGCAGAGCCGGUCCGUGAUAAGCGAGCAUUGUCAGAAGUAGAGAUCAAGAGUUUCGAAGAGACAAGGUAUCUUCGUCGUAUGUCCGAACUCAACCCUCAUGCCAAACGUGAAUAUGUUUGA